AUGGAGGAUAUAGAAGACAUAGUUCUUGCAGAUAGUGUUAGUGAAGAUGUUAUAAGGGGCAGUAAUGUUGGUGUUGGUGAUAGGGGUAGUGGAGUUAAGGUCAGGAGGAGUAACAAUUAUAUGUUGGAGGGUAUUGAUAUGUUGGAGGGUAUUGAUAUGGAGGGUAUUGAUAUGGAGGUUUUAGAAGACACGGUUGUUGCAGAUAGUGUUAGUGAAGAUAUUAACAUGAAGUUGGGUAUUUAUCCCCCUCACAUUGUGGUUGGUAGCAACGAUAUGGCAGUUGGUAGCAAUGACAUGACAGUAAUUAUUGAAGAGCCUAAGGAAGGGAUGGUCUUCCCGUCUUCGGAAGAUGUUGAAGCCUACUAUAAGGAGUAUGCUGAGCAGAUGGGGUUUGGAGUGUCUAGGGUUCAAGGUGUAAAUUGUAAGAAGGACAACAAGAAAAAAAGAAUAGCUAACACGUGGAAGUGUGAGUGUUGGGGAAAACCAGACAUGAGGGCUAGGAGGGAAGCCAAGAAGAGGGCAAAGGCAAUGGGUUUUGGAGGUUCAGGUGGUUUAGUUGAUGGGGUGGUAUGUGAGGAUCAGUUACGUCGUAUGAAGAGGACUUCGAAAAAGUGUGAAUGUGAGGCCCGUGUUUAUGCUAGAAUGAAUGAAGAUGGAUUGUGGGUGUUGAAGACAGUGCACCUAGGGCAUAAUCACCAAAUUGAUCCAGCAAAUUCUAAGCUUGUGAAGGAGUACCGCAUGAAGCACCUGACCCCAUCAUUGAGGAGGACGUUGAUGGAUUACUAUGAGCUAGGUGUACCAGUUUCUCAAAUACACGGUUGCAUGACAUCCAAACGAAAAGGAGUGGACAAAAUGCGUCUCACCGUCAAAGACUUACAACAUGAGGUGUACAAAGCAAAGCGGUUGAAGAUGGUUGGAGGGGACUCGGUGGCAAUGAUGGAGUUUUUUGGAAAAAUGCAAUCCGACAACCAAAAUUUUUUCCAUGCCCAACGGUUGGAUGAAGAAGGGAGGCUUAAGGAUGUGAUGUGGGUGGAUGCAAGAAGUAGGGUUUCUUAUGAGGACUUUGGGGAUGUGGUAUGCUUCGACGCAACAUACCUAACAAAUGAGUACGAGUUCCCACUUGUGAACUUUGUUGGUGUGAACCACCACAGGCAAUCGUUGUUGUUGGGAAGUGCUCUUGUUUCUCAUGAAGACUGCGAUACUUUUCGGUGGAUAUUUCAGUAG